AUGUGUUUUCUGCAGGUUCCCACCAAGAAACUGAAGAAGUUUGAGAAAGAAUACCAGAGUGUGAGAGAGAACCAGCUGCAGGACGAGGACCCCAUCCACCGAUACCAGAAGGAGAACAGGCGUCUGCAGGAGGCCAGUAUGAGGCUGGAGCAGGAGAACGAUGACCUCGCUCAUGAACUGGUGACCAGUAAGAUCGCUCUGCGCAGCGACCUGGACCAGGCCGAGGACAAGGCCGAUAUUCUGAACAAAGAACUGCUGAGCACAAAACAGAGACUGGUGGAGACCGAGGAGGACAAGAGGAGGGACCAGGAGGAGACCGCACAGGUGAGAGACCAGAAGGAGACCGAGGAGGACAAGAGGAGGGACCAGGAGGAGACCGCACAGGUGAGAGAUCAGGUGGAGACCGAGGAGGACAAGAGGAGGGACCAGGAGGAGACCGCACAGGUGAGAGACCAGAAGGAGACCGAGGAGGACAAGAGGAGGGACCAGGAGGAGACCGCACAGGUGAGAGAUCAGGUGGAGACCGAGGAGGACAAGAGGAGGGACCAGGAGGAGACCGCACAGGUGAGAGACCAGGUGGAGACCGAGAAGGACAAGAGGAGGGACCAGGAGGAGACCGCACAGGUGAGAGACCAGGUGGAGACCGAGGAGGACAAGAGGAGGGACCAGGAGGAGUCCUGGCUCAAAGAAGUUUUCCGCCGUGAGCUGGAAAAGGCCGAGGGCGAGAUCCGGAAAACCACGGCCAUCAUCGCAGAGUACAAACAGAUCUGCUCUCAGCUCAGCACCAGACUGGAAAAACACCAGGCCACCACCAAACAGGAGCUGGACCUGGUUCUGAGUAAGGUGUCCGGCUGCCCACGCUGCUCUCUCCUGGUGUCGGUGGCUUCUCCUCAGUCCAGGUCUCCACAGCAGGAUGCUCCCCUCCCUCAGGACCAGGACCAGGACCAGGACGGACUCCAGGACCAGCUCAGGACCAUGGAGCUGGAGCUGGCCCAGACCAAGCUGCAGCUGGUGGAAGCCAAGUGCCGGAUACAGGAGCUGGAGCAUCAGAGAGGGCUCCUGAUGAGUGAAGUUCAGGCCGCGAAGAACUCCUGGUUCAGCAAAACUCUGGGCUCUUUGAAGUCCUCCUCCUCCCCCUCCCCCUCCACCUCCUCCACCUCCUCCUCCCACACGCCCUCCUCCCCCAAAGAUGGACCUGCAGAACCCUGUUUCCACCAGAUCUACUCUGCUCUGCGUAGAAGAGAGCAGACCCUAGAGCAGACCCUAGAGCAGACCCUUGAGCAGACCCUAGCGCAGACUCUAGAGCAGGCUCUAGAGCAGACCCUAGCGCAGACUCUAGAGCAGGCUCUAGAGCAGACCCUUGAGCAGACCCUAGAGCAGACCCUAGAGCAGACCCUUGAGCAGACCCUUGAGCAGACCCUAGAGCAGACUCUAGAGCAGACCCUAGAGCAGACCCUAGAGCAGACUCUAGAGCAGACUCUAGAGCAGACCCUUGAGCAGACCCUUGAGCAGACCCUUGAGCAGACCCUUGAGCAGACCCUUGAGCAGACCCUAGAGCAGACUCUAGAGCAGACCCUAGAGCGGACUCUAGAGCAGACCCUAGAGCAGACUCUAGAGCAGACCCUAGAGCAGACCCUAGAGCAGACUCUAGAGCAGACCCUAGAGCAGACUCUAGAGCAGACCCUAGAGCAGACCCUAGAGCAGACCCUAGAGCAGACUCUAGAGCAGACCCUAGAGCAGACCCUAGAGCAGACCCUAGAGCAGACUCUAGAGCAGAGCUGGUGGAAACUGGGCUUGAAUCUAAAAUGA